ACUAAAUGAGUGCUUACUUUGCUUAGUUUUGCAUUACUUAAGUAAUUGUGUUUAACUUAUUUUCAAUAAUAUAUAUUCAUUGAAAGCUUUUGUAAAAUAUGCGGUCAAUCAUAGUAUUGUUGUUCAUUUGCUUAUGUGAUGUUAAUUCACUAAAUAAUGGUUUAGUGAAAACACCACCAAUGGGUUGGCUAUCGUGGGAACGGUUUGCCUGUAAUAUAGACUGCAAUAACUAUCCCAAUGAAUGCAUUAACGAACAGUUAUAUAAGGACAUGGCUGACAGAAUGGCUGCCGACGGCUAUAGAGACGUGGGGUAUAGAUAUGUGAGUGUAGAUGACUGUUGGUCUGAAAUGGCCAGGGAUUCGGUUACCAAAAGACUAGUAGCCGAUCACAAACGCUUUCCCAGUGGUAUGAAAGCUCUGGGAGACUACAUCCACUCCAAGGGUUUAUUAUUUGGUAUUUAUGGAGACAUCGGGACAAAGACAUGCGGCGGAUAUCCAGGUGCUCGAGGAGCUGAUGGAACCGAUUACGACAGUUUGGACGCUCAGACAUAUGCGGAAUGGGGGGUCGACUCUCUCAAACUGGACGGUUGUUAUGCGGACACAAAGAACAUGACAAAUAUGUACCCAGAAAUGUCAACUGCCCUAAACGACACCGGUCGUCCAAUAGUGUAUGCAUGCAGUUGGCCGGCCUAUCAAAUCGGACAGAACCCUGAUUAUGAGAGAAUAUCUCAAUAUUGUAACUAUUGGCGUAAUUUUGAUGAUAUUAUGGAUUCGUGGGCCAGUGUUACCUCUAUUAUAGAUUUUUACGCUAAAUAUCAGAACGUUUUGGUUAAAUAUCACGGUAUGAAUCAUAUUCAUAAUCAUCUCACAAUUGAUACAUUCAUUGAAUGCAAACAUUUCCGUUUGUUCUGUGCUUUCCUAUCAAAUCAAUUUAUUUCCAAUCGACUGAUGGGCUAA